AUGGCACAAAUUUCUCGUGCAUACAAAUUUCGAGUACCUGUAUUAAUUCGUGUAUUCUGUAGAAAUUAUAGUUAUGAAAGACGUCGAUCUACUUAUUACGACGUAUUGCAUAUUUCGCCGAGUGCAAGCCAAGAAGAAAUAAGACAUGCUUAUAUUAAAUUAUCAAAACAAUUGCAUCCUGACUGUGGCAUUACAGGAAGUCACGAAGAGUUUGUAAAAAUGAAUGAGGCAUAUAACGUGUUAAGCAACAGACAGAGUAGACAUAAUUAUGAUUAUAACUUAAAGUAUAAUAAUGUUCAUGGAAAUAACGUUUAUCAGGAUACUGGAUCUGAUAGUUUUUAUAGACAUGCUUACGACAUGUAUUAUACAGGAUAUGAAAGAAAACCAUCAUGGGAAGAUAAAAAAAGAGCACUUCUAGUUAUAGCAGCCAUUAUAGUUAUUGGAAUAAUUAUCGAAUUAUUGCGUUUGAAAAUAUGGUUAGAUAGGAGGCGUGAAGCAUACGAAAAGAAUAUUAAAAUGCAACAGGAUUAUGAAGAAUGUAUGAUGCAAUAUAAAAAUCAAUCACUGGAAGAAAGAUUACAACACUUUGAUAAGUUGGUCAAAGAAUAUAAAACAUUUUAUGAUAAGUAAUAAUGCAGUACUAUAAAUAAAA